GUCUGAACCUUGGAACGUGCUCUGGCGAGACAACAUGACGUCACGCCGCCUUCCUGCAUAGCCUAACCCCAUCAAGCUGGCUUCCCGCCUCUUAGGCAGCCCUUAUACCUGCUCUCCUCCCCGCAUCGUUAAUCAACACUUCCCCUCCCAUCACCGCUUACCCCGACUCCUGAAGAAAAUUGACAGAAUGUUGCUUCAGUCAUUCCUCGCGCUGCUCCUGCAGCUCUGCCUCGUCUCCGCCGCUCCCGCCGCUCCCGUCUCCGCACAGGGUCACAAUACGAUCGGAUACGGCGCUGGAGGCGGCGUCGUGGGGUUCAUCGUGUUGGUGUUGGAUAUCAUUGUCUUCAUCGAGGUCCUCAAUUCCAACCGCCCCGUGCCGAAUAAAGUCCUCUGGUGCUUGCUCGUCUUCUUCUUCCCGAUUGUGGGCAUGUUGAUUUACUACUUCUUUUCUAAUCGGGCCGAGCAUAGUCGGGGUGGGGGUUAUGAGGCUAUCACCAGUUAG